AUGGGCUCCUGUGUUGAACAUAAUUUUUAUGUGGACGACUUCCUGGGAUCAUUUGAUAGCAUCGAAGAAGCAGUUCGACACAUUAGGGAUUUUUCCAAGUUACUGCACAUGGGAGGGUUCAAGUUGACUAAAUGGAUGUCCACCAAUCGUCGCGCAAUCGAUUGCAUCCCAGUUGAUGUGCGGGCACCGAGUCUUCGUGAAUUGCAGGGUAGUCCGUUACCAACAGAUAGAGCACUUUGUGUGCAAUGGGACUCGGAGAAAGACGAGUUCUUGUUCCAACUCCAGUUACUUGAGACGACGGCGACUCGCAGAGAGAUUCUGUCUUCGUUGGUCAGCCUUUACGAUCCAAUGGAGUUCGUCGCACCGUGGCUACUGCCGGGCAAGAUUCUGCUGCAGGGCCUCUGUAGAUAA